AUGGAAAACGAUAAAAGUGAUACAAAUAUGAUUAAAUUUGAAGAAAAAUUUGAUAAUCAAAUGCAAACAUGGAAUAAAACCAUCAGCGAUUGCAUCGCAAAUAGCAUUGCCACCGCGGUAAAUACAGCCCUAAAGGGUGAGCUAUCAAAGAUUACCUCUGCGUUAUCAGAACUUAAUGAUAAUGAGUUGAAACUUAACAUGGAUACUAUCAACCUUAAUAAAUCAUUGCACGAAGUUAACACCCGACUGUGCGAAAUAGAGAAAUCACUUAGCUUCUCAAAUGAACGACAGGACUUAUUUGACAGUCGACUGAAAACUGUAGAACAGAAUAUAUCACAAUAUAACGGCUUUAAAACUCAAAUACAACUACUUGAGAACAAAAUACAUACCAUGGAACAGCAAGCAAGACAGUGCAAUGUCGAAAUAGCUAAUAUCCCCGACAGGCGAGGUGAGAAUCUAAUCAGCAUAAUGGAGUGUCUGGGCGAUGCUAUUAAGCAUUCUUUACAAUCAUCCGACAUAAUAGCCGUUCAUCGUGUACCUCAUGCUGACAAAAAUGAUCGACGUCCGAAGAAUGUUAUAGUUAAGUUCGCAAACAGGACACUGCGCGACAAUGUGAUUGCCGCCUGCCGUGCUACAAAAGGGUACGCAUAA